AUAACCGAAAAAAGGAAAAAAAAAAAAAAAUCAUUUUUAUUAAUUUUUGAGCUUUGAAGUUGUGCUACUGCUAGUGCUACAAGAGAAAGUUGGUGGUUCCCGCCUUCAUCCCAACCCAAAUCCAACUCUCCUUCCUCCUCAAAUCUACUCUGCAACUAAGGUUCCAUCGCCAACAAUGGCGGGACCAGCCAAGAAGAAGAAGAAGGUCACAGAAGCUGCUGCCGAGACCAACCCGGAGACCACAGAGCGUAAGAGGCUUCAAAAUCUCGCCUUCUCCAACAACAUGCUCUCCGAUACACCUGCCAAGCCCAACUCUCUUCUUUCCCCAUCAAAAAUGCUAAUCAAGCACCACGGUAGAGAUAUCGUCAAGAAAUCCCAGCGGAAGAACAGAUUCCUCUUCUCUUUCCCUGGUCUUCUCGCUCCGAUCGGUGGUGGAAAGAUUGGCGAGCUCAAAGAUUUGGGCACUAAGAACCCUAUUCUCUAUGUUGAUUUCCCUCAGGGUCGGAUGAAAUUGUUUGGGACUAUUGUGUAUCCGAAGAAUAGGUAUUUGACUGUGCAAUUCCCCAGAGGUGGAAAGAAUGUUAUGUGUGAAGAUUACUUUGAUAAUAUGAUUGUAUUUUCUGAUGCAUGGUGGAUUGGGAGUGAAACUGAGAAUCCAGAAGAAGCCCGACUUGAUUUUCCCAAGGAACUGAAUGAUGGUCAACCUGCUGAAUAUGACUUUAAAGGUGGUGCUGGUGGUGCACCAUGUGCUAAUAAACAAGUUGGUCAUAAAACUGUAAUCACCAAUAGAGAAGAAACCCCAGAACCCAGCAGUGAUGAUGAUUUAUCGAUAUCAGAGGGUGAAAACAAAGAUUUGAUGAAAUCAACUCCAGUUCGGCAGUCAUCACGGACUGCCGGGAAGAGAUACAAGUUUUUGGAAGAUUCUUCUGGAGAUGAUUCUAUUGCAAGUGAUGCAGAUGCUGAAGAGGAUGAAGAAGAUAAAAAAGAUGUAACAAUAGAUUCAUCUACCCAAAAUUAUACAAGUAGAAAGAAAGAAAAUGUAAGUUCUGUAGUUAUUGACAUUGACAAUGAGAAUGAAGAUGAUGUGGAGAAAACUUCAGUUCCAAGUCCAUCACAUAAUCAAGGGUCUGAUCCAUCAGGAACCAAGUCUAAAAAGCAGUCUUCUGUUUCCAGCAAGAAGACUAAAUCUGGGGAGGAAUCACACGGUCCUCUUGUUCAGGCCACUAUAUCUACAUUGUUCAAGAGAGUGGAGGAAAAGAAGACGCCAAGAAAUUCAGGGAAACUCUCAUCGCUAAAUGGUUCUAAUCAGAAGGCAAAGCGCGUUGAUUCAAAAAGGAAGACCAGUCAGGAUGAAGUACCUAAGAAAAAGGCAAAAGUGACCAACAACAAAAAUGCCGGGGGUAAAGGCUUGGCAAAAAAAGAAGUGUCCGAGGGUGAUGAAGACGAGGAUGAUAUCGAAGAAUUCUCAAGCCCUUCAGUGGAUUCUGAAGGAAGUGAUGAAGAAUGGGCUGCCUGAAGGGAGAUGAUUGAUAUCGAUGGCCGAAGAGAUAGAGAUGUACAUAUCAAAGGUGAAAAUGAAAUGAUCUUAAUUAGAUAUAAACACCACAAAUGAUACAACAGUUUCUCCAACAUUCUAAUUUUCUUAAUUGGCUUCAAAAGUAUUGAGUCUGUCAUUAGGAUAGCCAUACUAUAUUUUUUUAAUCGUUAUUAUCUGUAUUAUUAUUGUUAUUGUUCUUGAAUGAGAUCCAUGAUCAUCUACUUUGGUCAUUAGUUGUUUAAUAAAGAAAAUUUACAACUA